UCAUCAGUGACCGGCCAUUGAAUAUUCAUUGAAAGGCAACGGGAGUUCUUGGUUUACCACAGAGUGUCCGUGCGCAUGGUGGGAACGGUAGCAAGAUGGCGGCGUUGAAGGAGGAGCAGUGCUACGGACUGUCCUGUGGAAGAGUGAGCAAUGGUAGCAAUGUCUCCGUGUUUCACGUUAAACUCACUGAUAGCGCAUUGAAGGCGUUUGAAGGCUAUCAGAGCAGCAAGGUCCUGUCAUCACAACCAUUGAUCAGAUUUAAUGGAAACCAAGGGAAAAUUUCAAUACCACGGUCAGAAAAUCUCAAUGAACUGCAAACGUUUACAUUCUAUUUAUCAAAUGUGGGCAGAGAUAACCCCCAGGGCAGCUUCGACUGCAUCCAGCAGUACAUCACCAGUGAAGGCAGCAUUCAGCUGGACUGUUUGGGUGGGAUCCAAGACAAGAUUACAGUAUGUGCCACUGACGACUCCUACCAAAAGGCCAGGGAAAGCAUGGCACAGGUGGAGGAGGAGACUCGCAGUAGGAGCGCCAUCGUCAUCAAGCCUGGGGGACGAUAUGUAGGCAAGAAGGUUCAGAUCCGGAAACCGGCACCUGGCCUCUCAGAUAUCGCUCCGUUACGGAGAACAUCUCGGCCUGUCAUCAUCUCUAGCAGUACAAUGAAGAAAAGCAUGACCCAGCACAGGCCGCUCCGAGAGCGCCUCCUCCACCUGCUGGCCCUCAAGCCUUACAAGAAGCCUGAGCUGAUACUAAGGCUGCAGAAAGACGGCCUCUCACAGUUAGACAAAGACUCCCUGGACAGCCACCUGCAACAGGUGGCAAACCUCAAUGGGAAAGACAACACCUUCACAUUGAAGGACUUUUUGUAUAAGGAAAUUCAGAAGGACUGGCCAGGCUACACAGAGGGCGACCAGCAGCUUCUCAAGAGGAUCCUGUUUAGAAAACAGUGCCAAACCCAGAACAGCUCUGCACCUCCACCGGAAAGUCCACCCAAAGAGCUGGCCAGCAGCUCGCCAUCUCAGAAACGGUCUGCUUCUGAUUUCAUUGACCCGCUUGUCAAUAAAAAGCCCAGGAUAUCACACCUCGCCAGCAAGGCUGCAACAGCCCAAGUUAAUGGCAAGCUCAGCUCCUCUUGUGGAAGAGCAGAGGCAGGAGGGGCACAGGCAGGAGCGGUGGUUUCUAUGUCAGACAGCGGCAUGGCAUCAAGCUCCCAGCAGCUGCCUGUACUGGACAUCCCUCGUCCUUUUGAAGCACUGUCGGACGUCAGUAAUGACUCUAGCCACAACGGGAGAGACUGUGACUCUCAAGAAACAGUAAUGUCUGAGAGGCUCAGCCAACCGCCUUCAAAAUUCUCUUUGUCAACAGUACUUAGCGUGCCUACCACCGGCACGCCAUCUCCUGGACACACAGUCUUGCAUAGUGCUCGGGACAAGAGUUCUUCAUCCUUCAACAGCAAGUCCAGGAAGAAGUCAAAAAAGCAUAAAGACAAGGAGAGAGCAAGAGAAAAGGAGCAGGAGAAGCAGAAGGGCAUGAAGACCAAUGAGGAGUGUGUGCCUGAGCCUGUUAAAGCCAGUGAGAUGAGCCCAGGAAGUGUAAAAAGCAACAGUAUUCCACAGAAAAGCACAGAUCUGAAUGGAAUGUGCAAUAGUACCAGUAUUCCUUUGUCAUCACCUGAGGUGGCAGACUAUUUAUUAAAGUACACAGUGAUUGGCUCUCCAGAGCAGCGUCAGAGGUAUAAAAACGAUUUCAACGCAGAGUACAGUGAGUACCGGAAUCUGCAUGCUCGGAUAGAGGGCAUCACCCGGCAGUUUACUGUACUUGACAAUGAGCUCAAACAGCUCCAGCAAGGCACUGACAAGUACAAGACAAUCCACAAUCAAAUACUUCAAGAAUAUCAUAAAAUUAAAAAGACUAAUCCAAACUAUAGCCAAGAGAAGAACCGCUGUGAAUAUCUACACAACAAACUGGCACAUAUAAAGAGACUUAUUGCCGAGUAUGAUCAACAGCAACUUUAAAAGUAGUUAUUAGACAUUGUUUCCCUAUUAUCUCUGGAAACCAAGCAGAUCAAGGAAAACUAUGGAUUCUGCUUGUUCUAAACAUGUUCUCAUUAAAGAUGCCAUGGAGGGAGUAUUCCCCUCACCAGGGCUAAAGGCUCUAGUGAGGGCUAAGCAGGACACUUUUUUUUGGGGUGGGGGGGGCAGGUUUAUCUGUAAAGUUAAACCACAACAGCCCACCCUGCUUAUUGUGCACAGAGGUGGGGGCGGGGUGGUGCACUGAGAUAAAAACCAAAUGCAAUUAAUUUGUUUUUGAUUAGAGAAAGAUUAAGUGAAUGAUGUCUCAGCUUUCCCCAUAUACUGAAGCAAAUGGUUGUGAUGUUGAAUUUUUUUUUUUUUUUUUUUUU